AAGGGAACAAACAUGGCUCUCCCUCUGAGUAUGGAGGCUCUGCUUCAGGCGGACCUCCAGGAGGAUGUCGCUUACCGGGACGAAGGCUUGUGUGUUGUCGGUAUUUUCGGUAAAAGCAACAUGCAACCGGGCGCGCCUAAAGAAUCUAUCGUCAACAGUCUCGCGGACAAACACAUCUUCUCGCUGUUCGGAGGACCGGAAGAUGGCGGUACGGCGGACAGCAGCAUCGAGGCUUUCUACCACCAGGAGAACCGGGUUUUGUACCUGUUGCUGUCCUCCGUGUCCGACAGCCGGCAGCUAUUGCGGGCCUGCGAGUCUCUGAGCGCCGGUACCGGACACUCCGACUCCCACGAGCUGUGGAAAGACCUGGACCGACAGCACUGCCUGCAUUUACUCUACAUCUUCUCCGUGUGUCACGUGCUCCUGCUGGUGCACCCGAACCAGACUUUUGAUGUAACUUAUGACCGUCUCUUCCGGGCCCUGGAUGCUCUGAGACAGAAGGUGCUGCCUCUGAUCCGGGCUGCCAUCAAGGACUGCCCGGUGUCCAAAGAGUGGAAGCUGAACUGUCGGCCAUGCCCUCCUCGCCUGCUCUUCGUCUUCCAGAUGAACGGCUCCAUGAAGGUCUCUACAAACGGCUCAGAGUCUGGAGGAAACCCCGACAAACCCAAGAAGCACUCCCCCAGGAGGAGGCUGCAGCACGCGCUCGAGGACCAGAUCUACCGUAUCUUCCGUAAGAGCAGAGUCUUGACCAAUCAGAGCAGCAACUGCCUGUUCACCGUUCCCGCCAACCAGGCCUUCGUGUACGUGAUCCCGACCGUUGACGAGGACCCUGUGGGCGCGUUGCUCAGCCAGCUGCGCUCCACCUGCACCGUGAGUGAAACCGAGCCAGCCGUGGUGGUGACGGGCCCGCGGAGAUAUCAGCAGAUGAGACGUUCAGCGCGACAGACGACUUACAGCGGAGAUCCAGCGACUCUGUUGAUGGGCGGUCAGCUGACAGACUGCAGCCUGAAGGAGUUCCUCUGGCAGCACGUGGAGCUGGUGCUCACCAAGAAAGGCUUCGACGACAGCGUUGGUCGCAACCCUCAGCCUUCACACUUUGAGCUCCCGACCUACUCCAAGUGGGUCCAGAUCGCCUCUAAGCUCCACCAGGUCCUCAUCAGCAACACAGAGGAGGAAAUAGCAGAGCUUUGGUCAAAGGUUCAGGGCCAGCUGAAGGUUUUGGAGGGUUUUCUCGACGCUGAUACAAAGUUUUCUGAGAACAGGUGUCAGAAAGCCCUGCCUCUGGCUCACAGUGCCUACCAGUCCAACCUCCCCCAUAACUACACAACGACCGUGCACAAGAACCAGCUGGCCCAGGCUCUGCGGGUGUACAGCCAGCAUGCACGAGGCGUGGCUUUCCAGCGCUACGCUCUGCAGCUUCAUGAGGACUGCUACAAGUUCUGGAGCAACGGCCACCAGCUGUGCGAGGAGCGCAGCCUGACGGACCAGCACUGUGUGCACAAGUUCCACCUGCUGCCUCAGACAGGAGAGAAGACAGACAUGGAUCGAAACCCGCCCAUCCUGAACCACAACAGCAGGGGGCGCUCCACCAGCGCCUGUAACUGCGGCAGGAAGCAGGCGCCACGAGAAGAUCCGUUCGACAUCCAGGCGGCCAACUACGACUUCUACCAGAUGCUGGAUGAGAAAUGCUGCGGGAAGUUGGAGCGGAUCGACUUCCCCGUGUUCCAGUCCAGCACCCCGGACCCGGCGCCCGCCACAAACCAGGCUCAGAGGACCCCCAUCGAGGCCUCCGGGUCUACAGAGGUGGUGGUGGAGAAACUGAAGGAGCCGAGCACCACCCAGAGCACCACCCAGAGCCACACCCCCACCCAGAGCCACACCCCCACCCCCAGCCACACACCCAUCCCCGCCCAAAGCCACAACCCCACCCCUGCCCAGAGCCACACCCCUGCCCAGAGCCACACCCCCGCCCAGAGCCACACCCCUGCAGACACCAGCCUCAGCCUGGCCCUCAGCCUGGGUCAGUCCACAGACAGCUUGGGGCCCUAUGCUGACGGAGAUGGCACCGAAACACAAGUCCAGCCAAAGAGACCCAGUCUUGUGGACCGGCAGCCCUCCACCGUGGAGUAUCUCCCCGGGAUGAUGCACUCUGGCUGCGCUAAGGGUCUCCUCCCAAAGUUCUCCAGCUGGUCUCUCGUCAAACUGGGCCCCGCAAAGUCCUACAACUGCCACACGGGCCUGGAGCAGCCGGGCUUCCUCCCCGGAUCCUCCUUCCUGCUGCCCUGGGACCUGGUGAUCCGCUCCCGGUCGGAGGAGGACCCGGACAGACUGACGGAGCCUCUGGAUGGGGGCAACUCCUCGUGGCCGGCCCCCAAUAAGACCCUGGUGGGGAAAAGGGGAAGCACCGGGGGCCUGGGGAGGAGCCGCAGGAGGGACGACAUGGCUCGGAUCUUCGUGGGGUUCGAGUACGAGGACAGCAGGGGGCGGCGCUUCAUCAGCUGCGGGCCGGAUAAGAUAGUGAAGGUUCUGGGGCCGGGGGGGGCCAAAGACCCCGCCACCAGGGUGCUGAACACCGACAUGCCGCUCUACAUCCCGUCCCCGUCGCAGGGCCGCGGCAUCAAGUCUCACUACGCUCAGCUGACUCGGCUGUUUGUCGUCGUGCCGGACUCCCCGCUGGAGGUCACCCUCAACCCACAGGUGCAGCCCGGCCCCCCUCCCUGCCCGUUGUUCCACCCGGAGCAGACAGAUUUGGUUCUUCCUCCCGAUGGGGUCUGGGUUCUGCGGUUCCCUUAUUCCUUCUCUACGGACCGCGGGCCCUGCUACCCCCCCAAAGAGAACCAGCCGCUCAACAACCACAAGGUGCUGCGAGGCAUCCUGAAGGCCACGGCCGCUACCCCGGCCCCUCAGUGACCCUGAGGGACCUCUUAUUUAUUCACACUUCCUGAUAUAGGCCGAGAUGUUUGUGAGUCCGUGCCCCCCCCCUGACCCCUUGAAUCCUCAUCUAAAUGUACUGUCAAUUUUUCCAGCCCGACAUAUUAAAUCUCUUUUUUUUGAUAAUGUCAGGAUGUCUUUUUUAAUCUAAAUUCAAACAUAUUCACGCUCAUGACCCCAAUUGAAAGUACGUACUUCAGUUCAAUCAGGAGAGACUUAGUUUGUUAGUUGAUAACAUCUUUAUUGCCGUAUGAUAUAUAUAUAUACGUUUUGGAGAUUGGACCCCAUCAUACUGUGGUGGAUUAAGGGGGAGGAGGAGCCGACUAGGAAAAGAGAAACCCCCCGGGGUCUAGACACUGGUUGUGGUAAAAACUAAAGGGAAAUAAAAAUCCGGAGUGAUGAGGGUUCUUCUGGGCUAGCCUGCCUUGGAUCUGAUGAGACUGGAGGUGGAGGAGGGUUGAUUCAAUUCUCCUGAACGAUGCUGGCAGGGGAGAAAAAAAGCAGAUUUAAACAUUUGUGCUGUGAUAGGCUGUGGAGAUGAGACGCCACCGAUUGGUUUAGCUGGGUGUAGGUUGCGCUCUUGCUUAUUGAAAGAAAGGGCGAGUGAGUGAGAGAGAGAAUUGUGAAUGAGAGCGUGGGAACCAGUCUUCCUGAAAGAACUUGUGCUGAGCUUCAUUUCAGACUGAAGGAGCCAUUAGAACAGGCUAAUUAUGGGGUACAGUAAUAAGGCUGGACUCAUGUACGCUUUACUUUAAAUCCCCGUAUUUAACAGUUACUAGCAGUAAAUAUACAUUUAAUAAAAAGUCUAUACAACACCAAUGGAGUUGUAUGCAGAUUUAAUUAGGGAUGUAACUACCGGUACAUAUUAUUUUUAAUCAAUUGCUUUUUUGUUGUAAAUAAUCAGGAAACUGGGAAAUGCCAACCACAAAUCGUUAAGACCUGAAGACAUUUCAUAUCAUUAAAUGUUCCUUUUUGUGCCUUUAAAAAACAUUCUGUAUUUAUGUGUCCUCUGUAAUACACAUCGGAGCAGAUGAAACCAGGAACUUUGUAUAAAAAAACUUUAGAAGAUUAAUCCACUAUCACAACAGUUGCUGAUAUGUUUUGUGCAAAUUGAGACCAGCUUCGUGUAGUUUUCUCUCCCAGACUACGUGGCAUGAAACGUAGUUGUUUUAGCACUUUUCAUAUCUGUGAAUUUUGAGGACUUCCAGUUAAUAGCUACCUGUAUUCUGCAUCAUGUGUCACACAAUACACGUACCUACUACUAAAACACUGACUACUACUAAAAAGAACAGACAGACUGGGGACCGGAGUGGAACAAUUAAUUGUUUUCUGUAAAUAAAAGCUAGUUCUUCA